AUGGCUUCUCCGACCCCGUUACCGACGGGCCACCGCAGAUUCGUUCCCAGUUCACGCGUCGCAUCCCACGCCAGGUACGAGACUGAAUCGCAAUGGAACUACAAUUCAGAGCAUCCCAGCAUAAUACAGUCGAGGGCAGAGUCGAGAUCACGCGCGGCGCAUGCAGAUACCAUUCCACUUGGCGAUAGCUCAGAUGACGAGGCUCCAGAGCCCAUCGCGUUCAGCAAGUCUGUCCUGGCUAUCCUGACAGACUCUCUACCCCAGGAAAAGAGAAACGGAGCUUCUGCGCUGCAGAAGGAAUCGUCUAGCAGGAAAUGGGAUGGUGAUUCGCCUCGCGGAAGCGAAUCUUCGUCAUCUUCGCGAAAGGGUGAAAGCCGAGGAGGGGCUUCUAGCUCUACGAAUACCACCAGCAGACACGACGGAAGCGAUCUUGUUACCCCAGCACCUCGACAGCGUGUGGUCCGCGUAUCACGGUCUCGAUCAGGCAAUAACCAAACUCCAUCUCCCAGAGCCUCGCCUGAUCGCGAGUACAGGGCCAAGCUCGAUGAUACCCACCAUGAAUCACAUUCUCCCAUGAGGCAGAGAGUACACGUAUCCAGGGAUAGCGCUGGCGCUGCUGGCGAGAGGGCCGCGCCACGGAGCAUAUUCAGACCAAGGAAAAGCGAUGAAGUGAUGGGGAUGCAAAGCUCGAUCAGGGUGAAGCGCGUGGGGAAGCUGACUGGUGAAUUUUUGAAUGGCCCUGCCCGCAGAGGAAUGCUACCUCGUCGUAGCGAAGAGCGGCAGUACGACGAAAGUGAGGAGCAGGCGGGAGACUCAGAUGCUGAAAGAGGCGAGAGAUUACAGCGUCGUAGCCCUUCUAUACCGGCGUUGGAACACUCCGCCGGGAGAAAACACUCGCCCGCCAGAUUCGAUCAGCGGCAACCGUCUCCGGUGGGCAUUCGAACGCCCCCCCAUCAACCGCCUUAUCAGGAUGACCUGUAUAACAGAGAAAGCAAGUCAAAAGCUCCGCGUGUCUCGAGCCCAGCAUACCCAACCCCAGAUUUAGGAGUAAUGUCAAGGUCAAACCCCAGGCAGUCAGCACCUUCUGCUGAUAUUCAGUCGUAUCAUGUUCCGCCGCUACCACAAUUUUCUGCAAACCGUGAACAAGAGAAUGAACCUCCACCAACCUUCAAGAAAUCUAAAGCCCAACACUUUGAUAUGCUUGAUAGAGUUGACAAGCCAUCCAUCAAGCAAGAUCCUCACCGGCACUCCCAUAGGUCCGCCCCGCAAGACCUGGAUAGGAAACCGCUCGGGAGCAUGAGUACCAAUGUCCCAACUCCUCACAGAGCUCCUCCACCGCCUCCAAAGAUGACUGUACUUGAAACAGCUACUGCUGCAGCGGGGGCAGCGUCCUCGUCUAGUUCUCGACGAAAGAAGGCAAUUGUGACUGUGAAUCACAAGGCCUAUACCCGGCUAGACUGUAUCGGCCGGGGUGGAAGCUCUCGAGUGUAUAGAGUGAUGGCGGAGAAUUGCAAAAUAUUUGCUCUGAAGAGGGUAAAUCUGGAGCAUGUCGAUCCAACGAACCUUGCAGGAUACAAGGGUGAGAUUGAUUUGCUCAAGAAGCUAGAGAAAGUCGAACGAGUAGUACGGCUCCUAGAUUAUGAGAUAAAUGAAGAAAAGGAAACGCUCAGCGUACUUAUGGAAAUGGGGGAAUCUGACCUCCACACUGUGAUAAGACUGAAGGUGAAUGCGGAAGACUCCGUUUUUGAUCCCUCAUUUGCACGGUUUUAUUGGAAGGAAAUGCUUGAAUGCGUGCAGGCAGUGCACGAGUAUGAUAUUGUCCACGCAGAUUUGAAACCGGCAAACUUUCUCCUCGUGAAAGGGAAGUUAAAAUUGAUCGAUUUUGGCAUUGCUGAUACCAUCGAGGACCACACAGUCAACGUCCACAGAGAACAUCAAGUUGGCACCCCGAAUUACAUGGCCCCUGAAGCCAUAAUUGAUUACAAUGCCACGAUUGGCCUUCCAUCAUCAGCUGGUAAAAUAAUGAAGAUAGGAAAACCAAGUGAUGUCUGGAGUUUAAGCUGCAUCUUAUAUCAAAUGGCAUAUGGCCGAGCUCCCUUUGGCCAUCUAGCAAAGCAAAUGGAGCGUGUUCUAUGUAUUGCCAACCCAAAAGUGGCGAUUGAAUAUCCUUCUACAGGGGUUGGCAGCGCCGUCAUCCCACCCAGUCUCAUACGUACCCUCAAGAAGUGUCUUCAAAGAGACCCCACGCUCCGUCCAACCACUACACAGCUUCUGGAUAGAUCAGACCCCUUUAUAUAUCCACCUGCUUACCCCGAGGGUGCAGUGCCUGUGACUCAGGAAGCGCUUGGUAUGGCCAUGACCAAGAUAGUCGGUCACUGCCGCUUACACGGCAUACCAAGGGAUGAAGAAGUAAUAGGAUGGUCUGCUGGGCUCUUCCAAAAGCUACAGGCAUCGGCUGAGCAAGGAUACAAUCCAUAA